AUGUCGCCGCGUAGGGUGAGCGGCAGGAGGAAGAGCAAAGUCGUGUAUCGCAACCAUCCAGGCUACUACUACCCAUCGCAACCUCACAGUACCGCUGCCCCAGCUUAUUCGUCGUCGUCGCCCGAGCAGUUACUCCACGGUAGCAAUAACAGCAGCAACAACAACAACACCACCAGCAGCAACAUCAACAAUCAUGACGGCCAGCAGCUCUACGGUCAGACUCCAAAUUUGGAUCUUCAGGGUUACUUUGUCGUUCACCACCCUUCGAAUGGAUACUCGAAUCCCAGCCCCGUAGUCCGCCAGAACUAUUCUGACGAGACUUCGUGGCUAUCUUUGUCUUCCCCGGCGUAUGCGUUGACUUCUGUCCAACCGAACUCCCAUCUCCAGCAGCUGGAGAAUUAUGGGGGAAGCUGUGGCCAAUCUCCAGGAAGCGAGGUGCCGCAGAUCCAGGAGACGUCCUGGACCAUAACCACUCCACGGACUAGCAAUGCGGACUUGGAGAUGGAUGGCAUGUCGGACAUGCAAAUGGGAAGCUUGGGAAGCUUCGAUGCGAGUAACACGGGCUUCUCGGCGGCCAAUACUGCCACAUCCUCCUUCUCGGAGACUUACGUGUUUCCAAUGAGCUCCAAUUUCGGUACUUCUGCAAAUCAACUUAGUGGUCUGGAGCCACCAGAGGGGUACCACAAUAUAGGCCAGGCAUUCGAUGCUUCAUCUCCAGGUGUUGCAAAUCCUGGCUCGCCGUUUCUCGAUAAUCUCAGAUUCGAAAAUGAUUUCGUGGCAGUGUCCCCUGGAUGGAACAAUGACAUGCUGUUGUAUGGUACAGAAGCUUCUCAGUGGUCAUUGGAACCUUUGAUAGCACCUCACCAGACCCAGCAGCUGCAGCUACAACCGCAGCUACAACCGCAGCUACAACCGCAGCUACAAAAUCAGCAUAAUCCUGCGGGUCUCCAACAAAAUCCUUGGAAUUCGCAGAGCAACGUCUACCAGCACACUACAAGUUCCGGGGGCGUAGCUUUCGAGCCUAUACGAGGGACGCCGUACCAGACUCACAUAGCAAGGCAAGAAUUCCUAGAUGUCAUUCAGCCCAACAUCCAAUACCGUGGUGCGGACCCUGUCAGCCCGACCAGCGACAAUGAUGGUUCUUGGGCUCUCUUGUCGAAUCCAGCCAGUAGCUACACCCCGUCACACGGCUCUCCUUUUUCGCAAUCCUCGCCACCCUCGCAUACGCCUUCGCCGCCUCAACAGGAGAUCGAGAUACACUCGCAUAUCUUCAACUCAAUCCCAGGACCUCCAAUGGCGAAAGCUCUGCGAGGGCGAAAAAGAGGUCUGACAGAUGUAGAAAAGAAACAGGCUCGAGAUGUGCGGGAUGCCAAGGCUUGUUGGGCUUGUCAUAUCUCCAAGACGAAGUGUUCCCCUUGCUCGCCAGGAAGACCGUGUGAACAGUGUGCAAGACUCGCCGGGAAGAGACGUUUCUGCCUCUUCUCUUGCUUCAAUGACCCGCUCGAGUCGUUAUCGACGUUCCUAGUUCCGUCCUACCUGAUGGGUCACUUCACCAUAGCCAACGUCGAGUCCUUUGUGACCAGGAAUGCGUCAAGCUGGGGUACCCAGUUCAUGUGCAUUCGGAUGGAUUGGGGGUACCGGAAGCUACUCCAGGCAGAUGUUGUGGCACUGGCCUUGCGCAGUAGUUCCUCCGAGAUGGGCUUCCACCACCAAACAGUAUCGAGCGGAUCCGCGCGCCCAUUCCUGGUGCGGAAAGCGAGCCCCCCGCUUGGAAUACCAUUAGCUGCCAUGCAAGAGAUGCAGGACUCAUACGCUCGAUAUGUCCAGGAUAUUGUGCAGAGCGAUGUUGGAAUGUAUCUUCCAACUGCAUAUGUGGAUCAACAGUCGGAUCUCCCGCGACACCUUCUGGGAGCGGUUGCAAACUAUUACAGUGCCGGUAAUGCAGCUAAAAAUGAGUGCGAACUCCUCCGUCGAGCCCUCGAAGUGCACGUAACCUCCGUAAUCCUCGAGCGAAGCCUCUUCCUGGAUGAAGAAUCACUGCACAAAGUGCAAGACCACCUCCAGCAAGAGUAUCCCAGACGCUCCGCCCCAAGAUGUGCGCAGAGGCAGAUCAAACUCGCUCUCUUCCUCCUGCAACAACGGCGCAUCCAAAUGGUCCUGAAGGAUUGGGGGAGCAUGAUGUGGGCCACACUUCCAAGUACAACGAAGGACAAGGACUGGGCCGUUGCGUUCGGGGUAUUUCUCACCCUGAUCCUGGUUAUGGAUAAGACCCUCGGGGCCGCGUUCUAUUUCUGCGAAGGUCGAAUCAAACAUCAUGGCUAUCAAGCGUCGACGGAGCGUGAGGCAUUCCAGGACCUGGUGCGGUCGACCCAGAAAGAGCUGUUCGACAGGUGCAAGGAGAUCUUCCACUGGAAAUUCAAGACGCGGAAAGGGGGCAGGGAGGCCUGUAAUCCGAUCCGCGAUGGCAUGGACGCCUUCCAGGGAAAAGCGAAAACGACCGACCAUGACAUCCUUCGUUUCGUUACGGAGUUACAGAAGGUCGUGGGUGAAUUUGGUCAGACCGCUCCAGUCCAAUUGAGCUGCAAAGCUGACGCUUCCACCAGAAUCCGACAUCCGCUCACACAAGUCCACUGA